AAAUUCUACAGUGCCAGACGUGUCCAGGACCAUUUUCCAGAGAGCAUAUGCAUGAUCCAGAAGAGGAGCUGGAAAAUAUCAAAAUGUUUGGCACCAAUUCAACUCAUUGUAAGGCAUGGUGGUGGUCCCAUGUGAGAUUUUGAGGCAAAACUUUCUUGCAUCAAUGAAAGCAUCGAAGAUGAAAUGUGGCUGCAGGUCUUCCAGCAUGACAAUAAUCAUAAACCUAACAAUGAAGGAGUGGCUCCCUCAAAGCAUUUCAAAGACAUUGAGUGGCCUUGCGAGUGUUCAGACCUCGACCCCAGAGAAAAUCAGAAUCAUUUGAUGUUCAAAGGAGGCGAGUGCAACGUCUCAUCAGCGAACUGUCAGAUACUGCACUGUAGCGUAUGCGCAAGGACACGGGCCUCAAUCCAAGCCUCAAGGUUACAAGUGUAUUGUUUACUUUUUCCCCACUCAUGUUGUGGCUUUUACGUUGCCCUGACCUGGCUCAUAACCCAAGUCGACAGCCUAUAAAGAAGAAGCGCUUGUGCUUGUGCAGCUUCAUUGCAGCAUUUGUGUCCGUCUUAUUUUCAUCGACCUUCUUAUGGAGCUGAUGUCUGCUUGUGAACGGACCACGACUGUGGUAGACUUGGAAGCGAUGGCGGCGGAACUGGCCCCUGCUUCCCGGAAUGCAACCGUGGGGGCAUCAAUUGGGAUUUCCGUGGCAACCAGAAGUUUGCUUUUACUCAUCUGCCUGCUGCUGGUUGCUUGCGGGCACACGGACAAGCGUCGAGUACCAGGUCCAUAUUUUUGCCUGGGAUUGGGGCCGCUUCUGUCAUACCUGAGAUUUAUUUGGACGGGCAUAGGCACAGCCAGCAAUUACUACAACGACAAGUAUGGUGACAUUGUCAGAGUUUGGAUUGAUGGAGAAGAGACGCUCAUUCUCAGCAGAGCAUCGGCAGUGCACCACGUUUUAAAGCAUGGACAUUACAUCUCACGGUUUGGCAGCAAAUUAGGACUGAGCUGCAUCGGGAUGAAUGAGAGAGGGAUUAUAUUUAACAACAAUGUCACCCAGUGGAAAAAAAUACGUACCUAUUUCACCAAAGCCUUGACGGGGCCGGGCCUUCACCAGACCUUGGAGGUGUGCGUGUCUUCCACGCAGAACCACCUGGAGCACUUGAGGAAGGCUGUGGGAGGAGACGGGCUGACAAACGUGGAUGUCCUCAAUCUGUUGCGCUGCACUGUGGUCGACAUCUCCAAUAGACUCUUCUUGGAUGUGCCCUUCAAUGAGAAGGAGCUGAUGCAGAAGAUUUUAAAGUAUUUUGAGACAUGGCAGACAGUCCUGAUCAAACCUGACGUCUACUUUAAGUUUGACUGGAUUCACCAAAGGCACAAGUCGGCAGCCCAGGAGCUCCAACAUGCCAUUGAGGACCUCGUGGAGCAUAAAAGAAGAGAAGUGGAGCAAGCGGAGAAACUAGACAACAUCAACUUUACUGCCGAGCUCAUAUUCACACAGAACCGUGGCGAGCUUUCCGCUGAGAACGUGACUCAGUGCGUGCUGGAAAUGGUGAUCGCCGCACCGGACACUCUUUCGGUCAGCCUCUUCUUCAUGCUGCUGCUUCUCAAACAGCAUCCACAUGUGGAGCUGCAGCUGCUCCAGGAAAUAGACAGCGUCAUGGGUGAGCGACCCCUGCGAAAUGAUGACCUUCACAAGCUGCAAGUUCUGGAGAGCUUCAUCAAUGAAUGCUUGCGCUUCCACCCUGUGGUGGACUUCACCAUGCGGCGUGCACUGUGUGACGACAUCAUUGAUGGCUACCGUGUCCCAAAGGGCACAAAUAUCAUUCUGAACACCGGCCGCAUGCAUCGCACAGAGUUCUUCCCCAAACCCAACGAGUUGAAUCUACAAAACUUUGAAAAGAAUGCGCCACGUCGUUACUUCCAGCCAUUCGGAUCGGGCCCUCGAGCAUGUGUAGGCAAACACGUUGCUUUGCUCAUGAUGAAAUCAAUCUUGGCGACGCUGCUCUCUCAGUAUUGCGUGUUCCCUCAUGAGGGUUUGACUCUGGACUGCCUCCAGCAGACCAACAACCUCUCCCAGCAGCCUGUUGCGCAUCAGCAGGACAGCCAAAGUCUCGCCAUGACUUUCUUACCCAGAAAGAGAGGACACUGGGACCCUCGUUGAGACUUUUUGGUUGCCUUUUCCGUUUCCAGACAUUUAUAUAGUGACUACAUAAGUACAGUAUAAUAUUGCUUACUUAUUCAAUGAGUUCAUCUUAUUUAAUGUAAACAAUUGCCAAGUGGAUAUAUUACAUAAAUUGAGCUACUAUGUGUUUUACUG